AGUAAUUGUUGUUGUUCAGUGUGACAAAAACGACGCUAUAUAUUGAUGUGCGCAUGCCCAGUAGCCGCGUCUGUAUCCUUUCUAGCGUUAACCGUGUAACGUACAACAACUGAACCGGAAGACAACUACUGUUGUCGUCCGGGAAUGCAGAUGGAGUGCACACUAGUAAGUGUGAGCGGAGCUCGGGUGGAGCUGGCAGAUGGUCGAGCUUUAAUGUUAGGUCGAGGCCCUGAAACCAGAAUUACUGACAAGAAGUGCUCAAGGCAUCAGGUCAAACUUGUGGCCAACUAUGCCAAACAGGAAGUUCUUGUAACGCAGCUCGGGCCCAACCCUUCUUCCCUGGACGGUCAGUGUUUGGGACGUGGUGCCUCUGGAUGUCUGGCAACCGGUUGCACACUGUACCUGGUUAAUCAGUCCCACCCCUUCACUGUGGAGUUUGCUGGACAUUCAAAUGAAAAGGCUCCCUCUCCUCAGAAGAAAGGAAAAGCAGCAGAUGAAAGCAGAGACAGACAGAAAAUCUCAAAUGUUGGGUCGGGCCCCAAAAGAAGCAUCCAGGAGUAUUUUUCUAAAUCCCCGAAAAAGGCGACAAAACGACCUCACAGCCCAGAGGAUGACGCCCCUCGCACAAAACGAGGGCGAGGAGGCGAUGAUGAUGACGAUGAUGACGAAGAUGAGGAAACAUCAGGUGAGGAAAAGCUUAAGCAGUUACAAGAACUCGCUCAGAAAAAGAGUGGUAACAAGCUGGACUCACCAUCAGUCAAAGCCACUGCUCCGUCUGCCACUUGCUCUCAGAGUCACUGGCAACAAAUCGGCAGCCUUCUGCUGUUCACCGCGGCAGGGCUUCCAGAUAGCUCCAAAAUCGCUGGGUUUGAUGUUGAUGGCUGCAUUAUCACUACAAAGUCUGGGAAAGUAUUUCCCACAAGUCCAGAUGACUGGAGGAUUCUUUUCCCAGAGAUUCAGCCUAGACUAGCCAGUCUGUUGAAGACAGGAUACAAGGUGGUGUUUUUCACUAAUCAGAUGGGUAUUUCUCGAGGCAAACUCAGGCCGGAAGUAUUCAAGUCAAAAGUUGAGGAUAUUCUACAGACACUGCAGUUGCCCAUCCAGGUAUUUGCUUCCACAGCCCCUGGUAUUUACAGGAAGCCUGUUAUUGGGAUGUGGGAACAUCUGUGUGAGAAGGCAAAUGGUGGCGUGACUGUAGAUGUGUCACAGAGUUUCUAUGUAGGAGAUGCAGCAGGACGUCCCGCUAACUGGGCACCAGGAAAAAAGAAGAAAGAUUUCUCUUGCAGUGAUAGACUGUUUGCCCUCAACAUUGGUCUUCAGUUUCACACACCAGAGGAAUACUUCUUGGGCUGGAAACCCGCUCAGUUCAGCUUGCCGGAAUUUGACCCUGUAAACAAUUGGUCAUUUUUGAUUCCCCCCCAUUGUUUGGGUAUCAUUCAAGUUCUUCCAUUUUCUUGUCUGUAA